AUGCAUCCACCUCAGGAGGAGGAUGCUCUGCUGCGUCAGCUGGUGGAGAGGGGCGGAGCCAAGGGGUGGACGGCCAUAGCAGCGCAUCUGAAUGGGCGCGCGGGGAAGCAGUGCCGCGAGCGGUGGCACAACCAUCUCAAGAGGGGCAUAAAGAAGGAGGCGUGGACGGAGGAGGAAGAGCGAGCUUUCGUGGAGGCACACAAGCGGCUGGGCAACAGAUGGGCUGAGAUCGCAAGACUGCUCCCGGGAAGAACAGACAACAGCGUGAAGAAUCACUGGAACUCCACCGCCCGGCGGAAGGAGGAGAUGGGGCGAGGCGGGGCGGAGGGCAAGGGGAACGGAAGGCCGGGCAGUGCCGGGAGUGUUGGCAGUGCUGGGAGUGCUGGGAGUGCGGGUGGUGGUGGGAGUGUGGGCAGGGGGGGGUAUAGUGAUCGGUCGAACGUGCUCCUGCGGUAUAUCCAGUCGUUGAAGCAGGGGGGACGGAACGAGAGCGGAGCGGGGGAGAGCAGAGGAGGGGAGAGCAGAGGAGGGGAGAGCAGAGGAGGGGAGAGCAGAGGAGGGGAGAGCAGAGGAGGGGAGAGCAGAGGGGGGGAGAGCAGAGGAGGGGAGAGCAGAGGAGGGGAGAGCAGAGGAGGGGAGAGCAGAGGGGGGGAGGUGGGGAGCAGAGAGAAGGAGCAGCAGAGCAGAGGGGGGAGGAGCGAGAGCAAAAACGGAGAGAGGGAGAGGGGCGAUGGGGAAGAGGGCGAUGGGGAAAGCAGAAGCGCUGGUAAAGGAAGCAAGGAGGGGAGAGAGGAGGGGAAAAGGCGGGGAGCAGGAGAGCGAGUGGGGGAAGUGAGAAGAAUGGAGGAAGGAGGUAUGACCUCUUUUGAGAUUUCUCAAAAGCCUACUGGAGCCAUGGAGGACUUUAAAAUCCCUCAGAUACAGGCUUUUGAAAUUUUCCGAACCCCAACUGGAGGCAUGGAGGUGGAUGGCAUUCAACAAUACACCAAUCCACUAACUACAAUCAUUCCCCCGCACCACACUCCCCUCCUCCUGCUCUCUCUCUCUCCCUCCCCCACACUGCCCCUAGUCCCUCUCAACCUCGCCAGCCAUCCCCCCCGUUUCCCCCACCGUCUAACCCUCACGUCCCCUCAUCCUCGUUCUCACUCUCCCCUUUUGUGUCGCCUCAGAAGUCAACUUUCCCUCGACCAUCUAACCCUGACCUCCCACUACCUUCUUCAUUCUCACUCUCUCCCUUAA